AUCGGCGAGUCAAUAUUAACUAUGAGAAAACGAUUAUCUUAUACUUGUGCUAGUCGUUUUAAUUCAUCGACGAAGUGGUUAUUGAAUGUUCUGCGAGAGUAGAACCAGGAGUACUGUGACGAAUUCAGAAUUAAAGCAAGGCUGGUAUCUCUACCACAAGUGAAGAAAAUUUCCGACAAUUGGAGGGAGUAGAUGUCCUCUCCCUUGGUUCUCUGUUCACGACAGGCCUUAUUAAGAUAAAAAAUCGCUCGAAUAUUGCUUUAACAAUUCUUAGACUGUUCGGAUAUUUUGGUCCGUUAUGACCCAAUGUCCCUUCCAAGGAACAUUUCCUUUAAGACAUCACAAUGCAUCAAUAGAUUAAUGAAAACAUUGUGGAGUGAUUUUUCUACGAUAGUCUAACGAUGUACCUCGCGAUACCGCUUAAAAAAAACAGACUUUCUUCUCGUAUUCAGCAAUAAAAAGAUGUUUCAAAAUGAAAAAAUUACAAGCCUAAAAAAAACAUAUUGUUUCCUCUGACAGUUACUCAAAAUUACUUUUUCUCUUUUUUUUUAUGAGCCACAAGAUCAUUUAAGUCGAAGAAAACAAAGAAUAUUGUAUACAGUGUAUUAUUGCAUGUUUUAUUGAAAUUUUCACAAUGUCCCUUGGAAGGAACAUUGGGCUCUUAAGCGUUAAAUUUCAUAUUAAAAUACUAAAUAUUCUAUUAAAUUAAUUCGAUCAUUUGAAUAAUUCUUUAUUCGAUUUAUAUUCAAUAAAAUUUAUUUAUUAGAAAUAAUUUUUUAUUUCUUAAAAAUUUUUCUAAAAUAUAUUCAUCGGUUUAUUAUUGUUUGAUUAUUCAAAUAAUUGAAUAAAUAUUUCCAGUCAAUUGAGAUCGAGAAUAUUUUAUAUUGAAACAAAUCAAGAGGAAUUUGUUUUUUCUUUAUUAAUGAAAUAAAAAAUAUCGAAGAAUAAUAUAUUAUUCAAUAUAAAUAUUCUCUUAUUAAAUCAAUUAUUUAAAUAUGUCGAAAAUAAGAUUUUAGUUUUUUUUGAAAAAUUUUACAUUUAAGAAGAAGGAAAACAAACAAAAAAAAUCAAAUCGAAUUUUUUAUAUAUCUAUGUUAAUUUGACUAAUUAAUAUUUAAGACGAAUUUCAAUUGAAUUUAACGAGAGUUUUUCGAUUUGGGCAAGUGAGAACAACUUUCAUAUAGAAUAUUUUUGCAUUUAAUUUUUUAUUAUUUAAACAAUUUAAUUUAUAGAAAUAGAAAUAGAAUAGAUAAUUCUCUUCUCUCUCAUCAUGGAUAAAUAUUGAUGAAAUUAAAAAAAAAAAUUCUAAAUAGAAAAUCUUCGUUAAUCAUUAAAAUCAAAUAAUGAAAAUUCUUAUAAAUAAUUAUUUUAAUUAAAGAUUGAUCAUUUUUUAAAAACAAGUUUAUAUAUAUAUACAUAAAGUCUAUCGAAAAAUCAAUGAUCGAGUGUUUUUGAAAUCGAAUCAAAAUAAAUUUAAUAAAUUAUAAUAAAAUAUUUAAAUAUUGAUUGAAAUUAUUUGAAUAUAUAAUAUUAUUAUUUAUUUAUUGUUUUUAAUAAAGAAAUGAUGAUGUACCUGAUUGUUACAAUCGAGUUCGUUAUAUUCGGGAUGCUUGUAAAGUAUUAUCUGAUCUUUGGAAAACCGAUAAAGAUUUUUUAAAUAAAAGUAUUGAUAAUGAUGUUGCACGUUCUUAUCGUUUACCAUAUGGAACAAGUGGAGCUUCAUCGUCAACUAUUCGUCGAACGAUGACUGAAUUUCGAGAUAAUUAUGAAAAAGCUCAACAAAAAUUAGAAGCAGCUGAUGCCAAUUGGAAAAAAUUUCAAACACAAUCUGAUCGUUUAACAUUACCAAAUUUUGAUGAACGUUUACGUGAAUUAGAAGAUAUUCGUUGUGAAUGUGAACAAGCUCGAACAUUAUCACAUGAUAUAUAUGCAGCUGAAACAUAUAAAGUUGCUAGUGAAGAACAUUCAAUAACAAUUAAACUUUUUUAUCAAUAUUUAUAUGAAGAAAAUACAUUUUAUAAUCAUGUAUCGAAAUAUUUAUCGUCACGAAUGCCUGAAAUUGAACAAAGAUUAGAAAAUGAUGAAUUAAUUCCAUCAUUUGGUUAUGAUCUUGCUAAACAUUGUUUAAAACGAAAUGAUACACUUAUUGCUUAUCCUAUUGAAAUAUGUAUUAGACUUUUAGAAAAUAGUUUAAAUGAACAAGGUCUUUUUCGUAUUGCACCAUCACAAGGAAAACAAAAAAAAUUAGUUGCUGAACUUAAUUUACAUGCUAUUGAUAGAGGAAGAACACUUUAUGAUCUUUUAAAAGAGAACUUCCUGAUUGUUUGCUUACAAAUGCACUUUUAUCACAAUGGAAUGAUGUUAUUUCAAUCAGGUUUUUAUCUUUUUUCUUUUAAGAGAAAAAUGACAAGAUACAUUUUAAUUUAUAUUGAGAAAAAUAAAAGAUAUAUUGAUUUAGUUUUUUUUUUGAAUAUAAUUGAUAUUAGUCAAUCUAUCUCAACAAAAAUUUCGUUUAAUUCAUAUAUUAUAUUUAAAAAUAAAUAAAGAAACAUUUGAAAAUUGAAAUAGUUAAGAUUAUAUUGAAAUCAAUUUAAAUCAGAGAUGGGCAAGUUCCGAUCGCUCCACCCGCUCCAGUGCACUUUUCGGUCGGAGCGAUAGAUUUUCUGUACUAAAAUUUUUUCGCUCCGGUCAAAACCAUCGGAGCAAAGUCGAACUCCAGCCUGUGUUUGUUACCGCUCCGAGUGAUCUCAGUAGACCGCAACUUUUGCUUGUCACCGCUCCAGUUACAUACAUUAGUGCUCCGACCGAAAAGUGCUCUGAAGCGAUCGGAGCUUGUCCAUCUCUGAUUUAAAUCUAUCAAUCUUGUUGAGAUAUAUAUAGCUGUCAGCGUCCAAACUGAGAUUAUGUCCAAUCUCAGAUCCGAGAUUGGACGUGUUCAAUGUUGGAUUGACGCAAUUCUGUUCACUAAAAUAUCAAUAACUUUUUUGAUAGACGUUGGAUUCGAACUAUGUUUUGAAAUUAUGUUCGCACAAUGCCGUUUCAAGUUUUACAAGCAUUUAGGAAAAAGUUAAAAUUAGACUAAAAAAUUUAAUAAAAAAUUUUCACGAUAAAUAGUUAUUGAUAUUUUAGUGAAUAGAAUUACGUCAAUCCGACAUUUGCCUAGGCCAAUCUGAGAUUGGACGUAAUCUCAGUUUGAACGUUGACAGCUAUAUACAUACAUUUUUUUUUAAUAUUUAAAUAUUUGACAAUCUUUAAGAAAUAUUUUCAGUAAAUAUUCGAAUCUAAUGUCCGUUUCAAAAUAUAAUGCGUCCCACUUUUUUUUGAAUAACUCAAGAACGCAAUCAGCUAGAGAUCUGCAGUUUUCACCAAUCGAAAGAAGAGACAGGGGGACGUCUUUUUCUCCAAUAUUAUAUCCGACAAAAUCAUUUUAGAAUCAGUCAUUUCUGCAAAACAUUGCAAAAAUGCAUGAAAACGAAGCGGCAUUCUGAAGAAAGUUUUGCUUUUGACAUGUGAUCUAGAUAGAGGGACUUCGGAUCUAUACUUCAGGAUAUAAUUCGAAUGAUUAUCUUACCGCAUCCUAACAUUUAGCAAAUAAAAUCGUCUAUUUACUCGCAAGAAAACUAUGAAUUUCUUUUAAUUUUGAAGCAAAUCUUUUUACUUUUUGUCAAAAUUUCAUCUGAAUGACAGACCAUUUUUUCGAUGUUAUGCAGAAAUGACUGGUUUCAAAAUGA